AUGUCUCAAAACAAGAAGAGUGAAGACGGCCGCAGCAUCUCCUCCGGCUCUACCACCGACCAGUCAACAGAAAGUGGAAGCGAUGCCGAGUCACCUUCUCCAUUAUUCAUACCUGGCCAAAUGUUCUCAGUCAGAUCAUUGGCUAGCAUCGUCGGAGAUGAGAGUGUUCCUCGAACAAUGACCGAGGAGGACCAUUUUAAAGCAUUUGGCUCUGAAGCUGAGAUGAAAGGCUGGGCCCAUAGGGCUUUUCUACCGAGUUCAGAACAUGACUUGCACAUGAAAAUAUGGGACGAUCUUUCGACCCAGAUCAAUUUCUUUGUAAAGCUUGUGUUCCCACCCAAAUGCAUUUGGAGCCUUGUAGAAGAUGACAUCAAAGCUCAACUGCUGGCCAUCACUCCAAGGGCCGCAGAUUUUUGUGAGGACCCGGAAUACAAAGGCUGUUGGUUGCUCUUCGGAGCCUGGAUCUGGCGCAUACUCUAUGAGAAUUUGUUCUCCCUGAGUCGCAGGGACAAAUGGUCUGGUUCGGAAUGGACUACUUUCGGGUGCCUUCGAGAAUCUCUAGGCGAACACAUGGAAACCGAGAGCAAUGCGAAGACACACGCCUAUCACGUCGGCCGACACAACCUGGCUCAGGUUAUCUACCAACGCCAAGGCCCUCACACAUGCUCCGAACGCCUGAAGAGAAUCAUCAUGUUAGCAAUCAAACCUAUCGUGGUUUAUCGCUACCAUGAGGAUAAUCCUGUGUCAUCGCCGGAUCUCGUGCCACAAUACAAUCCGCCGCCGAGUAAGGAACCUUUUGAAGAUGCCCUCUCUGAGAUGGCAAGGCUAGCCAUUGAAGCCGACUUCAACAUUGUAGCCUGGCCACACGAUACCCGAAUCGAGAUGCAUGAUCCAGGGACUGGAAAGAAUCAUGGGUUUGUCUUCAAACCCGGACCAUCAAUGGAGGCCCACGUAUUUUCCGACAAUGAAUACAAAGGAAUGCCUGUUGAUUUCAUUUUUCGGCCGAUGCUGCGCACGUAUGGGCAAGUCAAGCGAACGACACCAAUGGAGGUGUUGGUCAACUUUUUCGGGUUUCAUGGCCAGGGCCAGUCUACCGAGGAGUUUGAGCCCGGCCAGGAACCUGGAGGCGCGGUAUUGCGGGAGGGAGGAAACGGCGACACUUUAGCCAACGACAAACUCGGUUGA